AUGGCCACGCCCAAUGUGAAGGACAUGAUCGAACAGCAGAGCCGCGGCCCUCGACUGGAACGGUCCAUUAAACUAAACUUCGUGGGCGACUGGGGCAUGGCAAACUUCCAUCGCAUAUGCUCGUGGUUGACACAGCAGUUUUGCGAUCGAGCAGGGCCGGAUAGUCGCGUGGGGAUUUGGAAUGUACGCUAUGGCGGCAUCGAAGCUGUGCUGGAGGUGUUUCGCGGGGAGGCACAGCUUGCCAUUGCGACACCCGCACAGAUGAUGAGCACUGCUCUCACCGGACAGGGCAUCUUCGCCCCUCACGGCCCUAUGCCCUCGUUGCGUGCCCUCGGUGUGCUGCCCCAAAAUGACCGUCUGAUUCUCGCCAUCCACCCCAAGUAUGGGAUCAAAUCAUUCGAGGACUUGCGCCAGAAGCGCCCUCCACUGCGCAUUGCCACAUCUACCAAUGACGGCACCAACUUUAUAGGCUUCACGGCCUACGCUUUCAUGGAAUGCCAUGGCAUUACACCUGAGGUGCUCGAGUCUUGGGGUGGCAAGUAUGUCACAGCGCACCGUCCUGAGCAGGCCAUCGGCCUCAUUCAGGCCGGCGAGGCUGAUGCGCUACUACAAGAGGCUAUCAUGACGCCCUGGUGGGCGGAAAUCAUGGAGAAUCGCAAAUACGAUGCCCUGCCCGCGGAGCCGGCGGCUCUAGAGCGCUUCGCCAAGGGUUACCCUAACACGGCGAAUAUGAUGGCCAAUCCUGUCCCGGCGGGAUUCUGGUCGACCCUCGCUGAGCCCCUCUCUACGCUCGACUUUUCGGACUUUGUCAUUUUAGUUCGUGAGGACCUACCGGAGGAUGUCGCCCAUCUCUUAACCUGGUGCCUAGUGGAGACUAGGUUUGCGAUUGAAGGUCAAUAUAUGCACCUCAAACCCAACAGGUCCCCCUUGACCUAUCCACUUGAUCCUGUUAAGAUGGCUCAAACACCGGUUCCGCUUCAUGAUGGUGCAAAGCGCUAUUAUCAAGAUGCCGGACAUCUGUGA